AGAGAGGCGCUUUCCCUGCAGCCUGGGAACCUGCGUCGGAUCCCGCAGGGGUUUCCAGCAGCCGCUGCCUGGCUAUGCACUGGGCUCCCCGCUGCUCUCCAUGGACUGAGGCUGCUUGGGCACCAGGCUUUGCAUCAGCAGCACAGAGGGGUCCUCACCGUGGGGGGACUGGACGUGAACUCCUAGGGACACUGACAAGGAUUUGUGUGUAAUCUGCAAUCUGGACUCUAACACACCGAAGGGCAUUUGUUCACCCCAAAAGACUUCAUAGUCAAGGAUCAUGGUAGACAUUUUAAUAGUAUCUUUGAGACUUCUCAGUUUCAUAGUGGUAUUAGGAUUUCAACUGGUCAUCCCGCAGACAUCAAUUGAACACAGAAAGGUUCCCCAGAGGAUAGAAGAACAAAGUUCGGAAGACAGCAGUGCAGGAAUCCCAGGCAUAUGGGGCAGUUGGGGCCCCUGGUCUGCUUGCUCUCGAAGUUGCAGUGGUGGGGUGAUGGAGCAAACCCGGCCCUGCAUCCCAAACUAUUACCAUGACAGGGCUUAUUCUAGACCGGGGCAACAGUACCCAACCUUGGAAAGAACUCUUGCACCCCAGCAUUCCCACCGUCGUGAAGAUCCAUUGACCCCUUAUUCUGUCCAUAUUAUCUCUGCCAUCCGUACAUCCGUGCCACUUCACAGAAACGAGGAGCAGGUUCAGAGAGGUCUUUGGGCUUCAGUUUCCUCCACCGGCCGCAAUGACAGCCAUCUGCACAGAGGAACAUUGAGAGGCAGCCGGCAUUCUCAAAGGCACAGAACCAAGCCAGAGAGGAGAAACAGAAACCAAAGUCCCAUAGGCCCAGGGAAAUAUGGAUAUGGAAAAGUGCCAUAUAUAUUACCACUGCAAACUGACACUGGGCAACUGCCUCAAAAAACACGGAGGCAGCGACAGUCAACAAGGAAUCAAGUGUAUGAGCAGAAUCAGAGUAGUGGGAACACACACAAUCAUCCAUCUAACCCUUCAGUCCAACAUGGGAAUCUUUACCAAGAAGAACGUGGACCUCAGGUGUUGGGGCCCUCAAUUUAUCAGCAAGCUUCAACCCAUUCACAGGCCUUUCCUGCAUCUCAAAGUUUGUUUCAUGGGACUGACUCAACCCACCAUGGCUCUGCAUCCCACCAGCCCUUCCAAGGUCAACCUCACCUUCCAAGGUCUGGAGCUAUUGUGUGCAUUGGAGCCUACAAGCAGUACAAACUCUGCAACACAAAUAUGUGUCCUGAAAGCAGCAGAAAUAUCAGAGAAGUACAGUGUGCAUCAUACAACAACAAACCAUUUAUGGGUCGAUUUUAUGAGUGGGAACCUUUUGCAGAAGUGAAGGGAAGUCAGAAGUGUGAACUGAACUGCCGAGCAAUAGGCUACCGGUUCUAUGUGAGACAAGCUGAAAAAGUAAUAGACGGCACGCCAUGUGAUCAAAAUGGAACUUCAGUCUGUGUGUCUGGACAAUGCAAGAGCAUUGGCUGUGAUGACUACCUGGGCUCAGACAAGGUGGCUGAUAAAUGCGGAAUAUGCGGAGGGGACAACACUGGUUGCAAGGUGGUCUCUGGUGUUUUCAAACACACGCUAACAAAUCUUGGCUACCACAAAAUAGUAGAAAUUCCUGAAGGGGCUAUUAAAAUCAACAUUACUGAGAUGUCCAAGAGCAACAACUACUUGGCAUUGCGGAGUCGAUCAGGACGGUCCAUCAUAAAUGGAAACUGGGCAAUUGAUCGACCCGGGAGAUAUGAAGGAGGAGGGACUACAUUCACAUAUAAACGCCCAAAUGAAAUCUCAAGCACUGCAGGGGAGUCCUUUUUAGCAGACGGUCCGACAGACGAGAUCCUGGAUGUCUAUAUGAUACAUCAGCAACCUAACCCAGGUAUACUUUAUGAGUAUAUCAUUCCAGAAGCCAACAUCAUUAGCCCUCAGUUGCCUCCGCACAGAAGGCCAGGGGAGCCAUUCAAUGGUCAGUUAGAACUGACAGAUGGUACAGAUCACGAAGACGAGAAUUUGCAGAGGGAGACAGACACUCACACUGGACAGUCAACAGGGACCUUUCCUGUUAUUCAGCCAGGAAGGUUUCCUUCUCAUCAGCCAGACAACCAGGUGCCUGCUGUGCAGCCACCACGACGAAACCGAGAACACAACUGGAAACAGCUUGGAACAACUGAGUGCACCACUUCGUGUGGGAAAGGGUUGCGAUACCCAAUCUUCCAUUGUGUAAACAGAAUCUCUCAUGAGGAGGUGUCUGAGAGCUAUUGUGACACCAGCACCAAGCCCACACCAGAAGAAGAAGCCUGCAAUAUCUUCCCAUGCCCAGCCUUCUGGGAUAUAGGGGAGUGGUCUGAGUGCAGUAAAACAUGUGGCCUUGGUAUGCAGCACCGACAAGUCCUGUGCCGACAAGUGUAUGCAAAUCGUACUCUGAUGGUUCAGCAAUACCGAUGCCAUCACUUGGAGAAGCCAGAAACAACCAGCACAUGCCAGCUGAAGAUUUGCAGUGAAUGGCAAAUUCAGACGGAGUGGACUUCGUGUUCGGUGCCAUGUGGAGUGGGGCAGAGGACCCGAGACGUAAAGUGUGUCAGCAAUCUUGGAGACAUUGUUGAUGACGAGGAGUGUAAUAUGAAGCUACGGCCAAAUGACAUUGAAAACUGUGACAUGGGGCCCUGUGCUAAGAGCUGGUUCCUCACGGAGUGGAGUGACAGGUGUUCUGCUGAAUGUGGUGCAGGAUUCAGAACACGGUCAGUAGUUUGUAUGACCAACCAUGUUAGCAGCUUGCCACUGGAGGGCUGUGGGAAUAAUAGACCCUCUGAAACAAUCCCCUGUGACAAUGGACCCUGUGUGGGUAAAGUGGAGUGGUUUGCUGGAAGCUGGAGUCAGUGUUCAAUUGAAUGUAGCAGCGGAACCCAACAGAGAGAAGUCAUUUGUAUUAGAAAAACGGAAGGCAGUUUUGAUGUGUUGAACCCUUAUGAAUGUUCAUUUUUGGAAAGACCUCCCAGCCAGCAGCCCUGCUACCUCAAACCCUGUGGGGCUAAGUGGUUUAAUACAGAGUGGAGCACAUGUUCCAAAUCCUGUGAAGGAGGAUUCCGGGUUCGAGAAGUACGAUGUCUGUCAGAUGAUCUGACACCCAGUAACCAAUGUGAUCCACAGCUUAAACCGGAAGAAAAAGAACCUUGUAACACUCAGGAUUGUAUACCAGAAAUAGAUGAAAACUGCAAAGACAAAUACUACAACUGCAAUGUGGUGGUGCAGGCCCGGCUCUGUGUCUAUACCUAUUACAAGACAGCUUGUUGUGCAUCCUGCACAAAGGUGGCCAAUAGACAAUCAGGUUUUCUAGGGCGCAGAUAACAACUACUCCAUCACCCGUAGCGUCCAUGUUUAACUUCGAUAUGGGAACAUAAACAGUGUUACUGUUUGGACUGCAACAGGUUCUACCUUCUUAAAGAGAUGGUUUCCAUAUCGCUGAGCACAUCAAGACUAUGGUUAUGUCUCACACAUAACAUGCAGCAUAUAAUAGGAGCUUUUUGGCUUUUUAAAAUGUUCAUUGUAAAACCGUGAUUUUUAAAGCAUUAUUUUUUACUGAAACUAUUGUAUGCAUCUGUUCAUCAAAUAAUUGUUAUUUAAGGAAAAUACCACCCUUCUUGUUAUGAAUUGAAUGAAAGGAAAAUCAGUCAAAUGCAUUUAUUGGAGAUGUUUGACCAGUACAGAUACAGCAGCACAAUUAUUUGCUGAGUACCAACCCUUCUUGGGUGUUUUGGACUUAAAUUAGUAGAUGGUAUCAGUAGAACAUGUAUGUAAGAAGUGUUAUGUCAUUAAAAAAACCCAGCACCCUUAGGACCCAUUUAAGCUCAAUUUCCCAGCACCCUAAUAUGUGUGUUUAAUUACCUCAACCCUUCAUACUAAAUUAGUGUCAUGAUUAAGAUAUCUCUGCUGUACUCUCAAUAACUUCCUGCCUUCAACUAAGCAGCAAAUGUACACACAUUGACUGCCUAAAGGUGCCUUGUAUCUAAUUCAUAAACUAGUGCAUUACAGUUAUAGCCUGUAAUUCUAUAUGGAUGUUGAAAGCAAUAUAUUACCCACCACAGUGCCCUUAAGUUUUAGAAGUCUUCUCCUUAACAUGUGACGCUAACAGCUGAAGCUCAAAUGGGUGACGUUCCUCCACUGAUCUAAAUUGUCAGUUUACACCAGCAUAGAAUCUUCCACCAUGAUGUAGCAAUCUCACUGCAUAAUAAUUUUUCAUUUUAGAAGUGUUCAGUAAGUAACAGGAUCAAUCCAAACAUGUAUACGAUUCAGUUAGUAUUGCCAUCAGUUUCUGAAGCUGCCACCAAAGGAUCU